AAAUGUAUCGAUUGGCUAUGUAUCGAUAAAAAAUUAAAAUAAAAUUAACUAACACUUGACUAUUAAAACAGUGCUUAUAAACGUCAGCAUUUGCGUUCCCGCCAAUAUAUGUUUACAUUCGCAGAAUACACUUCAUUUGUGCGGCAAUCAUUGCGAACAUUAUAAGUUAUAACAAAUCGGAUAAAUUACAUAUUAAGUAUGGGGAAGUGCACUCUUUGUCGCUCGAGCACAGAUGACGAACUGCGUCUUGGCAAGUUUCAUAGCCGUGGUAAAAUUGAUGUGCAUGAGAACUGUUUGUAUUUGAGCUCCAAUCUGGUACAACGGGGCAAUGGGAGCAAUGACAUUUUGAAUUUUACUGUAAAGGAUAUUCAAGCCGAAUCGGAACGCACCAAAUAUUUAUUUUGUUGCUACUGCCGUAAGGCGGGCGCCAACAUUGGCUGCUGCAAGCCCGGUUGCCGCAAAACGUUCCACACACAUUGUGGGCUAAAUAACGGCUCACAGAAUCAAUAUGUUGGCACAUACAAAUCGUUCUGCAAUAUACACACUGAAUCCUACCCAGAACGUCCCAAAGCGAAGGAGAUAUGUGUGAUAUGCUUUGAUCUGCUGGUGAAGCCGGGGAAUACGUUUUGCUGCACCAAAUACAUGCACGGCAAGUGCUGCAACAACGGCUGGUACCACAAGGACUGUCUGCAGCAUUAUGCCAACUCGGCUGGCUAUUUUUUCAAGUGCCCGCUGUGCAACGAUGCUGAAAGAUUCCGUUUAGUUGCAUACUGGGGCAUCACAGUGCCGGAUCGUGAUGCCUCUUGGGAGGAGAAUGAUGCGUUCGCCGAUCAGCUUGUAGUCCCGACCCAGUGCACUGCCCAAAAGUGCGUUAGUGCCGGUGGACGCGAAGGCAGCACACUGACAAUGUUCUACUGCGUUCUGUGCGGCUCGAAUCCUAUGCAUACGGAAUGCACGAAUCUUAAGGAUGAAACCUAUCGGUGCAAUGAUUGCAGUGCGGUUCAGUAUAAUCCGUCCAUGUAUGAGACUGAUGAAACCGAUGAUGAUGAUGUCCACGUCGACGACGAUGACGAUGAUGAUGAUGAUGAUUUGGAUCCACUUGAAAUAUUUGCUGCGAUGGGAACUCCCGCCGUAGGCAGCACAACGACUCGCCAAUUAAAUCGUGUUCUCCCACAGAGCAGCAACAUCAAGUAUUCAAUAGCCGAUUCCGACUCAGAAUCUGAUUUUGAAUGGAAUGAUUUCACAUUCCGCACAUCACGCUGCACAAAUGAGAAGGAGAACGUGACCAGGGCAAAUGCAAUAAUAACAACCACAACACGACCCAACACAAAUGCGACACUGCGCAACACUGCACCACUGCGCACGUUGAACCGUCAAACAUUCCCCACGCUGAUGAUGGCUGGUGGUGGCCAACGUAACGGGGCUCAACUAACUCGUUCAAGUCUGUCCGCUGAGUCCCGACACAACAAAGACGCUGGGUCUCUGCGUUACCGUACUCGUUCGCGUUCAAGGCAAACUAUUGCCAGAUCGUCAACAGAUGAAAUGGAGCUGGAGGACAAGUGUAAAGAGCAGCCAAUUGCACGACGCACCCGUAACUCGCCAAGCGCAAUCGAAAAGGAUACAUCUCCAUUGAUCUCGCGCGGGCGACGGCGCACACGCACCAUCGCGGGGCAGAACCUAAACAGUGGACUCCAUUCGCCAUUCGAUAUAUCAUGUGUGGCAAAUCGCACACGCGCUCGUUCCCGCAAGUAAUGACUGAAUGGGUACUAAAUCCAUAAGUGUCUUGUAAAAUAAUUUAAUUUAACCAUAUCAUCUUUGUACAUAGCAGUUGCUUGUUAAAGCAUAUUUUUGUCUUAAGUGUGUUAAAUUAGGUUUUUUAUGUAUAAUAUUAAGUUGGUUGAGAGAAGAAAACUAAGUGAAAACCUAAUUUUUUUUUUAAAUAAGUGUUGUUAGUUCUCUAUUACACAUACCAUCAAAUCAAGAAUUUUGUAUUUUCAUUUUUGUAAGCUUAAGAACAAUGUUCCAAUGCAUUCCUAGUAUUUUGUUAUAAAUUAGACAGAGAAAGAGAGAUAAAUGCGUCCUGCUCAUUUUCAUAGCAGACAGAAGAGUACACUCGAAGUGCUUGUGGAACAUUCAAGAAAAAUACAUAUAUUUAUAAAUAACUGUAAAUGCAUA